AUGGCAUCCUCUUGGGAAGAACUGGCUGCUGACAAGCGGAAACGCAUCAACGACUCUAUCCCUCACGAAUGGCGACUCCAAGCAUCACCCUCGGAUGAUUCGGUUUUUGAUUUCCCAGCAAAGUCGGGCCUUCUAUCCGAUCAAGAGCUGAAGAUCACAGAAUCGACUGCUUCCGAUCUGGUCCAGCAGCUAGCCGAGGGCAAACUCACAGCCGUGGCGGUCACAACUGCGUUUUGCAAGAGAGCGGCUCUGGCGCAUCAGCUGCUGAAUUGCUGUCUGGAAUUCUUCCCCGAGAUGGCUAUCGCUCAGGCGAAGGAGCUGGAUGCGUACUAUGAGAAAUAUAAGAAGCCGGUUGGUCCUCUUCAUGGACUGCCCCUCUCUCUCAAAGAUCAACUGCGUGUGAAGGGCCUCGAGACUUGCAUGGGCUAUGUCUCUUGGCUUGGCAAAUAUGACGAGAACGAGUCCGUCCUCGUGACCCUGCUUCGGAGAGCCGGAGCUAUCUUUUAUACCAAGACCAGCGUUCCACAGACCUUGAUGGUUUGUGAGACGGUGAACAACGUGAUUGGCAGGACGCUCAAUCCUCGCAACAAGAAUUGGUCCUGUGGCGGAAGUUCGGGAGGAGAGGGUGCAAUGGUUGGAAUCCGCGGUGGUGUGAUUGGCGUUGGCACGGAUAUUGGUAUGAAUACUCGACUCCAGUUGACUAUCGCGGAGAAGGCAGACUAUAUAUGGCCGAGCCACGGGCGCAUGCCCUAUGCCAAAAUGGCGAACAGUAUGGAAGGACAGGAGACGGUACAUAGUGUGGUUGGACCUAUGGCUCAUUCAGCGGCAGAUCUAAGAUUGUUCCUCACAAGUGUGUUGGGAAUGGAACCCUGGAAAUAUGAUUCCAAGGUCGUGCCUAUGCCUUGGAGAUCCGCGGAAGAGGACAUUAUCAAGCUGAAAAUCAAAGAGGGAUUGACUCUGGGAUACUAUUCUUGUGACGGCGUGGUUUUGCCUCACCCCCCUAUAUUAAGAGGUAUCGAGACCGUCGUCUCCACCUUGAAAGAUCACGGACACCAGGUCAUUCCCUGGACACCAUAUAAACAUGACUUUGGCCACAAUCUCAUCGGAAAUAUCUACGCAUCUGAUGGAAAUACCGACGUCUUCAAAGAUAUCAAUGCAUCCGGGGAACCCGCAAUCCCCAAUAUCAAAGAUCUACUGAACCCAGAUAUCAAAAAAAUCGACAUGAAUCAAUUAUGGGACACCCACCUCCACAAAUGGAACUACCAAAUGGAAUACCUCGACAAAUGGCGAGAGCUCGAAGAGCAGCAGGGCCGAGAACUCGAUGCCAUUAUCGCCCCGAUCACAGCCACCGCCGCAAUUCGUCACAAUCAAUUCCGCUACUACGGCUACGCCUCGGUAAUCAAUUUGCUCGACUUCACGAGCGUGGUUGUUCCGGUCACGUUUGCCGACAAGAGUUUGGACUCUGCCAAGGAGAAUUACCAGGCGCAAGCUCUCAACUCGUUGGAUGCCACGGUACAGGCUGAGUAUGACCCCGAGGCGUAUCACGGUGCCCCCGUGGCUGUCCAGGUUAUUGGACGGAGAUUGAGUGAAGAACGGACGCUUGCGAUUGCGGAGGAGAUUGGAAAACUGCUGGGGAAUGCAGUCACUCCCUAG